GCGCGGAGGGGGACGUGGAGCGGCGGGCCGGUGGGCGCCUCCCGGGGCGGCCCCCUCCCCCGCGGGUCGGGAGGGGGAGGGUCCGGGUCCGCGCGCCCCCCGCCCCUCCCCCCCGGCUGUAAUGGCCGAGUGUGUGCGCCAGAGCGCGGCGCGCACCCCGCCCGCCUGCGCUCACACUCACACACACACACACUCUCUCACACACACACACACACACACACACAAAGGGAAGGAGCCAUAUUCUCGCUCGCGCUCGCCCUCGCGGCGGCGGCGGCGGCGCAGGCGGGGAAGACGCGCAGCGGCCAUUCCGUGCGCGCCGGCCCCGGCGGCCGCGGGCGGAGCCAGCCCCCAUUUCGAGCGGGGCUUCUCCCUCCGCGGAGCUGACAAAAUGGGGGAGGCCUGCGGGGCCUGCGCCGGCGGGCGGGCGAGCGCACGUGGCGGCCCCGGCGCGGGCGGGCCGGGGCCUGGAGGCCGGGCCGCGGCCCCGCGUUUCCUCGGCCGCCCCGCCGCCACCGAAGUUCUGGGGGUGGGGGCCGAGUGGCGGGAAGGUGUGCGGAGCCCGCCUCGCGCGGCGCCCCGACUUUCACAAAUUAAAAAAAAAAAAAUACUCCCCUGGUUGGGGGGGGGCAGGCAGAGCAACCAGCAGGAGUGGCUUUUGUCCCUCAUCCUUGUUUACUCGAAGAAACUUCAGACCGGACGUGUUUAGUCAGAACUGAAAUACAUCUCGGGGCCAAACCGAUAGGAAACGAGGCUGCCUCGCGGUGGCAGCCGUACAAAUACCACCGCCACCCCCCAGCCUGGGUCCGAGCGCUGGAGCUUUCUACUCCUCCCUCCUCCCAGCAAAGUUUUGUGCAGAGAGAGUAUUUUUAAAGUCCUCAUUGGGAAAACUUCAG